ACUCUCACAAGUUCUUAUUAGCCACUAACUACACAAGAAGAGAGCUUCUCAGAGAGUGUGAGAACCCGCGACCUUGUUCGGAUAGAUGGGUGAGGAAUUGAAGCUAUUGGGUGCGUGGGGGAGCCCGUUUAGCCGGCGAGUCGAGAUAGCUCUGAAGAUCAAGGGGGUCGAAUACGAGUACUCCGAGGAGGACAUAUUCCACAACAAGAGCGCCUCGCUUCUCAAGUACAACCCCGUGCACAAGAAGGUACCCGUUCUCGUCCACAACGGCACACCCAUCGCGGAGUCUCAGGUGAUUCUCGAGUACAUCGACGAGACAUGGAAGGGCAACCCGAUCUUGCCACAAGAUCCGUAUGAGAGAGCCAUGGCUCGUUUCUGGGCUAAGUUCUUGGAUGAAAAGUGUGCGCCAGCUCUCUGGAAAUCCUGCAUGAGCGUCGGGCCUGAAAGGGAAAAGGCGCAUGAGGAAGCACGUGAGCUCUUGAGCACUCUCGAAGGGGAGCUCACGGGAAAGAAGUUCUUCGGAGGCGAGACCGUUGGGUUCGUCGACAUCGUGGCCGACUUCGUCGGGUACUGGGUAGGAGUCAUCCAAGAAGCGGUCGGCGUCGCCGUCCUGACCGAGGACGACUUCCCGUUGCUGUGCAAGUGGGCCGAAGAGUUUCAGAACUGCCCGGCCGUCAAGGAGAAUCUGCCUCCAAGGGACAAGCUCUUGGCCUUCUUCAAGGUUCAAGCCGAGAUGAUAACUAGCUUUUAUAAGAAUAAAGCGUGAGUUUUGGGUCGUCCUUGGGCCGUAGUUGGAUUGGGCUCUCUCUGUCUUGUGUUAUGUACUUUGGUUUUAAUAAAGCUGAUUCGAGUUGGUAUUUUAGGAGUCUAUUGCAUCUUGACGGUGUGGUGAUGGUCCGUGAUAAUGAUGAAUCAUGGUUCAAUUAAGCAUCAAUUUGCUGUGAUUUGUAA